AUUCUAAGCCCAAUGUAGUCCAACGCAUAAAAAAUCAGCUCCAAGCCCAAUAUUGUAUGAACCUGAUAUGAGCUCAUUCCUGUAUAGCCAUCAGAUUCUCACAUGCGUAUGCAUCUCUUUUAUCCUCAAAAGCGUAGAACGUGUGUUUUAAUCUCUUCAGACAAAACACACACUCUAAACCUAGCUUGUCUUCUUCUUCGGAGUGUUUUCUAGAACCACCGGAGAGCCACCGUUAAGAGCCACCGGAAAUUUAUUAGAACCACUAUAUCCGACACCGACAAAGGGAAGCUAUUUUCAUUAAAAAGAACAUUGGCGGGAGAACUCCGAGAGGGAACAAAUCACAGUUCACCUGAAGGAUGCAGAGAAUCCACGUGUCAGUGAGAGUCAGGCCUCUCUCGCCGGAAGAUGCAAAGUCCAGCCCCUGGCGAAUUUCCGAUAGAAUUUUCGAGGAGGAAUGCAGAACACUUGAAAUCUACAAAGCUCAAGCUGAAAAUAUUGUUUCUGCCGCAAUUCAAGGAUUUAAUGUUCUUGUACUUUAUAACUCCAAGAUGGGAGGGUGUGAAGAGGGACCGGAUACUUGCACGAACAAGACAUGCAAGGGCCACGAAGUUGACCUGAUGCAUUUCUCAAUAGGAAAGGCAAUUCCUGGAAGACUAUAUGGAGGCAACCUGGUAGACAACAGUGAGGGAAAUGGAGCUGACAGGUUUGGUCAUUUGGUUGAUCUAUAUGGUUGGAACCCACACUGCCGUUAUUUAGAUGGAAUCGGUCCUUCAGCGAAUGAUUCUAGUGCACAGAAUGAUUGGAAAGGAACUUGGUGGUACAGUAGCUUGACUCUUCACUCAGGUUUUGUUAAGGAUGACAGCCCAUAUUCAUCCAGCAAUCAAUCCGGUGCAUAUUAUUUUGAAUUUUCCAGGCCACUCAGAACAAUGGAUCGCCUUCAACAGGACGCUCAAUUCACAAUUGGCAAAACAAGCAAGAUGUCUGUGGCAUUUUGGUACCCCAUCGAUGGAAAACCAUGGCACGGAUCGGGUCACUUUUCAGUUAGCUGCAAUUGGAUACCAUUGGAUAUCUUGCCAGAUGGUUCUGAGCUCACUGAUGUGCCACAAAGAAGUCCUUGGGACACAGCUACAGCUUUCUCUCUUCUCUUUUCAGUAGUAGCUUUUUGUAUAUCCAUCUUUGUUGGGCAUAGAGUUUCAAGAACCAAGAACAUCGCUUUUACACCAAUGGACAAUCUUUAGAACAGGGCCAAGUUCCUGCAGAUCCUGGAACUAGGUAACACGUUUGCUUCUUUCACCUAAGAUGUCUUUUGCAAUUUACACUUAUAGUUGGAGUUCAUGAUCAGAUAACCUUUUUGCUUUUGAAGUAACGUCGAUCAGCUAUGAAGCUCAUUCUUGACUCUAUUCUCUUUUUGUGAAAAGGAAAAAAUUACGACUCUCUCUCCCUUUUGGUUUUUGACAGUUUUCUCUUUUGUGUUGGAAUGGCGUCAAAACUAUGGUUGCUAUGUGACUUUAGAUCUCAAGACACAGUAGUGUAAAUAUCAUGCAAAUAAAAGGAGCAACUUGAAAGGCUCUUUUGAGAACUCUGUGUAAAUCAAGUAACUAUCCAUUAUUUUAUCAA